AUGGAAACGGAACCCCGAAAAUUACUGAGAAUUGAAGAAAUCAGUUUCAAGUACUACACGAAGAAAAGAGGACAGCUGCAUGGUAUAUAUUUUUCGGGACAAGACGUGCAACAGCUCAUCUCCACUGCAAAGGACACUCUGACAGGUGAUUCAAUGAUCGAAGAAGUUAAAGGAAGAAACGUUCCGCCGUCAAUGAGUGAAGAAACAGUGGAGCACAAGCGCGAGCAUCAGCAUGAGCAGGAACGUGUUGCGGAAUCAGAAGGAGACAACCGCAACACGCACCAGCAGCAUGAAAACUGA